GCUCUUCGCUUUCCCCGCUUUCUCUUUCCCCUGUGGCGCCUCCCCUACCGUCCUUUCUCUCUCCUAGGGUUUUCUCUCUCCUCCACCUCCACCUCCACCUCCACCUCUAUAUUGCUGAGAGUUCGUGCCCCAAUCACCUGGAGAUCCGACAAUGGCGGCCGAAGCUCCACCUGAUCCUACCGAUUUACUGCAAGACCUGUCAUUGGAUUCCAAGGUUAAAGCUCAGGAUGCUCCUCAGUUUACUAAGAAGCAUUCUAAGGGUGGUGCGCUGCCAGGAGCACCGAUCUGACCAUAUGAGCAGUCUGUAACUCUGGUACUCUAGGAAUAUAUGGACCCAAACAUGUGUUAUCUAUCAAGUUGAUACCCAUCUUCUACUUACUACUUUGGAGGUUACGAUGGUCUGUUAAAUGAUGGAGCAGAGACGCUUCUCCUGCAAGUUGUCUUUUGGAUACUUGGAUGUAUUUUCAAGUUUUUGAUUGGGCAUUGAAUCAAAGAAUAAGAACUUCAACCAUUGCAUAAAUUGAACCGGCUCUUGAGUCUUCGGAAGAAUCAAAGAUACACCAUGAACAUGCGAUUGAAAUAUCAAGCCCAGCAACUUUUAUCUGUGAAUUGUCGAGUGCCUGUUGAGCAUGGUUUAUGUUUCUUGGUUUUUUUGUUUUUCCUGAAAAUUCUAACCUAGGGAUGAACUUCUCGAAUUUUGCUAUUGUGGAUCAUAUGCAAAAUAUAUCCUGAAAAGAAAACGAAAUUACAGACAAACCAACUAUGACAAGAAUGAAGAAGUCCAUCCCUAAGUUCCUUCAAUCACAUAGACAUUGAGGAAAAUCUAGUAUAGAGAACAUAAACAAAUACCAAAUACACCCUAAAUAAAAUGUUCAUUUACUUUUAAGUGCUUCCCUAAGGGCACUACCUUGAUCCUUAUCUGAUCUUGCAGGGGAUAUACGAAUAUGGUUAUGCACAUUGUGGUCCAUAUUUCCCCGCUAUAUAUUAUCAGCCACCAACAUUCACUAGCGCAUCAUAUAUUCCAAACCAAACUGCUGCUUUGCAUGGAGAACUUUCUACUUCUGCUGCUUCUGAUCAGCCACUGGUCCCUAUAGGGACAAACAUCUCAAACGGAGUUGAUAGUGGAAAUACAAGUGGGAAGAACGAAUCGACACUUAAGAAUAACCGACAGAAUUUAUCACCAUCAAGUGGCUUUUAUCCUAAGAGUGUCUUAGCUGGUGGGCCACCACCUUCUUCUUGUAGGACCCUAAAUUUGGUUUUGGUGGUAACGAAUCACCUGUUCCAUGGUCCAAUGGCCCUGUGUUUGCUGACAGGCAGCAGAGACUAACUACAACUAAGUCUGUUUCUUCAACGAUUUCACAUUCUAAAAAUGAUACGCUUUUGAGAAAUCAGAAUCUUCGACCUCUACCUAAUUUUGAGAAUUUUCACACACCAAGGCCGGCAUCUUGGGAUGGACCAAAAGUACAAGGACAUCUUGACAGACUGUACCCAAACAAUCGAACAUAUGGCCAAGGUGGAAAUUGUCUCAGGUCUGGUCUGGCGUUGAGAUCAUAUAUUUAUGAUUCUAGACUAAAUUGUCAAUGGGUUAAACUUAUGGACGGCAACUGUAAAUCUAGGGGCCGAAAUAAUGGUUUUUAUGAUUGUGGCAAUAAGAACCUCAAUGGUCGGAAUGAACUAAACAGAGGGCCAAGAUCUACUCACUCCAGAAGGAAAAUGAGUUUCAGGUCUGAUGCUACUAUUGGUGUAAAGGGUCAGGACCUUUCAUUAAAUGGCAGCAAUGUUGAGGAUUCGAGUUUAUUGACGGACAAGGAUAAGUACAACCGAGCAGACUUUGUGGAGAACUGUACAGAUGCUAAGUUUUUCAUCAUCAAAUCAUACUGUGAGGAUAACGUUUGGUCUAGCACCUCCAGUGGAAAUAAAAAGCUUAAUGCUGCUUAUCAGGAAGCUCAAGAGUAGUAUUGCCCAGUAUUUCUGUUUUUCUCUGCAAACAUGAGUGGACAGUUUGUGGGUUUAGCCAAAAUGGUGGGGCCAGUUGAUUUUAACAAGAACCUGGAAUACUGGCAACAGGAAAAGUGGAAUGGUUGCUUCCCUGUGAAGUGGCAUAUGGUGAAAGAUGUUCCUAACAGCGUGCUAAAGCAUAUCAUUCUUGAGAACAAUGAUAACAAACCUGUCACAAAUAGUCGAGACACACAGGAGGUGAAGCUCAAGCAAGGUCUGCAAAUGCUUAAACUUUUCAACGAUCAUAUAGGUGUAGCUCAAGCAAGGCAGCUACAGAAAAAGGUCUGAGCGAUGUUCUUGAGCAAUUCAAUUGUCCUCGGUAGUGGCUUGUGAGAGCGAUUUCAGUUCCUUUUCUGCUGCGCCGGGCACUCCAUUUUAUCAGUACUUUUUCGAGCCCUUUUUUUUUCAUUCUUUUUGUGUUAUCUUAUUGAUAUCCAGGAGAAGCUUUGAAUCUGCAAGAACCUAAACUUAACUAAAAGAUCAUGCAAGAUGUAGUGCUCAGGUAUCUGUGAGCUCUGAGAUGGCAAAUAUUCGACUGAUUUUGGUUUUUUUA